AUGGAAACCGAAGGAAAGGUCCAGGAAAAAAUAUAUAAGGCAGAUGUUGUACGUUUUACCUUUGGCUGUAUGCAUACACAGGACACGAACAUUUUCCACGUGGUAAGAAGCGGGUUACAAGAAAAUCGUAAAGCUGCGCAGCUUCGCCUCCCACCUCCCGCAACCAGACUACAUUUCCCAGAAUGCGGCGCGAAGUGCGCGAGACCCGAAAUGGCUCACAGCCACUUCCGGCGCAGAUGGCCCCGGAUAAUCAUGGCGACCCUCAGAGCGUCUGUGUCGCUGUGGGGCCUCCUGACAGGUACUCGGAACACCGAGCGGGUCUCUUUCCCGGCCCGAACUCGGCUCCAUCUCGGCACCCUGCUCCAGCCGCUGCCCAGGCCCUGCGGGGCGGGGUUGCCAUGCCGUCGGCUUGCCUCUGAGGCGGAAUCUGGUAGCUCAGAGAUCAAGAAACCUACAUUUAUGGAUGAGGAAGUCCAAAACAUACUCAUCAAGAUGACAGGCUUGAAUCUGCAGAAGAUUUUUCAACCAGCUGUACAAGAACUGAAGCCACCAACCUAUAAGCUGAUGACCCAGGCACAGUUGGAAGAAGCUACAAGAAAGGCAGUUGAGGCAGCUAAAGUACGAUUAAAAAUGCCACCGGUUCUGGAAGAACGAGCGCCAAUAAAUGACGUGUUAGCUGAAGAUAAAAUUUUGGAAGGAACGGAAACAGCCAAAUAUGUGUUUACUGAUAUAUCGUAUAGCAUACCACACCGGGAGCGUUUUAUUGUUGUCAGAGAACCAAGUGGCACGCUACGGAAAGCCUCUUGGGAAGAACGGGACAGGAUGAUACAAGUUUAUUUCCCAAAAGAAGGUCGUAGGGUUUUGACACCAGUAAUUUUCAAGGAAGAAAAUCUUAAGACCAUGUACAGCCAGGACCGGCAUGUUGAUGUCCUCAAUCUCUGUAUUGCCCAGUUUGAGCCAGAUUCUGCUGAAUAUAUCAAAAUUCAUCAUCAGACUUACGAAGAUAUAGAUAAACAUGGAAAGUAUGACCUUUUACGCUCAACAAGACACUUUGGUGGAAUGGCUUGGUAUUUCGUAAAUAAGAAAAAGAUUGAUGGUUUACUGAUUGACCAGAUUCAGAGAGAUUUACUGGAUGAUGCCACCAGCUUGGUCCAGCUGUAUCACAUGCUCCAUCCAGAUGGCCCGUCGGCUCAGGAGGCCAAGGAGCAGGCUGCUGAGGGAGUACAUUUAAUUAAGGUCUUUGCAAAAACAGAAGCACAGAAGGGAGCAUAUAUAGAAUUAACACUACAAGCUUAUCAAGAAGCAUUCAUUAGCCAUUCUGCAGCUUCCUGA